CUGCCACCAGCGCGUGGGGAGAAUCUCCCUGAGGCCCCCUCCCCCCCCCCCCCCCCCCGUCUUAGGGCCCAGAAGAGCCUGGAACUCCGCACGCCUGAGGCCCCGGGACGCUUUUCUUUCCUCCCAGAAGCUCCGAGCCUGGAGCACUGGCGCCCGGAGUUACCGUGGAGGGGCGGGGAGGGAGGCGGGGUCACCCUGGAGACUCAGAAGGAGGGGACAGGACGGGGCAAUCUAGCCUUGGACUAGGCGGCGAAGAGGCCUCUGGGAAACAGGAAGUGAAGAUCGUACCGGGUUCCCCUCUCCUCCCCACUUCCGAAGCUUUUCCCGCCGCGGCUUCCUCCGCUCCGCGCCUCAAGCCUGGAGACAAGGCUGGGAAAAGAUGGUGGAGCUUCACCAGAUGGAUUCUCUGGGGCUACUUUGCUGCCUCUACAGGGAGUCUGGAGUCCCACAGAUGGCCUUGGAGAGGGACAGACUCCCAGCCCACGUGGUGACAUUCAAGGAUGUGGCUGUGGACUUCACGAGGGAGGAGUGGUGCCUCUUGUCCCCUCCCCAGAAGGAGCUGUACAAGGAGGUGAUGCUGGAGAAUGCCUGGAACCUGCUGUCUGUGGGACUUCCAGUGCCCCCAAAAGACAUCCUCUCUUAUUUGAAGCAGAGGGAAGCCCCAUGGAUACUGGAGCAAGAAGUCCUGAGGAGCUGCUGCCCAGAAGGAGAGAUCAGGCCUGAAAUGAAGGUGAAUCCAACAGAGGUGAGCCCUCCUGUGGAAGAAAUGGACCUACAAAGAUUCAUGAGUGAAGUUCCCGAUAACUUUGCUUCCAGAGAAUUCUGCUUUGCAUGUCAAAAUUCAUCCCGUAUUGAACAUCAAAGAAUGCACACUGAGGAGAAAUCUAGUGAAAGUACUCAGUACGGGAAGACUUUUAUGCACAAGGCCAGUCUUACUGAACAUGAAAGAAUGCACACUGAGGAGAAACCUCAUGAAUGCAAGCAAUGUGGAAAGACAUUUAGUCAGAGUUCCAAUCUUGCUGUACAUCAGAGAAGGCACACUGGGGAGAAACCUUAUGAAUGCAAGCAAUGUGAAAAGACAUUCAGUCUGAGUUCUGAUUUUGCUAGACAUCAGAGAACCCACACUGGGGAGAAACCUUAUGAGUGUAAGCAAUGUGGAAAGACAUUUAGUCAAAGUUCUAAUCUUGCGGUUCAUCAGAGAAUCCACACUGGGGAGAAACCUUAUGAAUGCAUGCAAUGUAGAAAGACAUUUGGUUGGAGUGGUACUCUUGCUAGACAUCAGAGAAGGCACACUGGGGAGAAACCUUAUGAAUGCAAGCAAUGUGGUAAAACAUUUGGUCGGAGUGAUAGUCUUGCUGAACAUCAGAGAAGGCAUACUGGGGAGAAACCUUAUGAAUGUAAACAAUGUGGAAAGACAUUCAGUCUGACCUCCGAUCUUGCUAAACAUCAGAGGAUUCACACUGGGGAGAAACCUUACGAAUGUAAGAAAUGUAGUAAGACUUUCAGUCUGAGCUCUGAUCUUGUUGUACAUCAGAGAAUGCACACUGGGGAGAAACCAUAUGAAUGCAAGCAAUGUGGAAAGACAUUCAGUCUGAGCUCCAAUCUUGCUAAACAUCAGAGAAAGCACACUGGGGAGAAACCUUAUGAAUGCAAGCAAUGUGGAAAGACAUUUGGUUGGAGUGGUAGUCUUGCUAAACAUCAGAGAAGGCAUACUGGGGAGAAACUUAUGAAUGCAAGCAAUGUGGAAAGACAUUCAGUCUGAGCUCCAAUCUUGCUAGACAUCAGAGAAUGUAUACUGGGGAGAAACUGAAUGUAAGAAAUAUGAAAAAAUGUUCACAUUGCCGCUCCAGACUUGCUAUGGUGUGAAGGAAAUUUACCCUCCUCCUUUUCUGAGGCAGCAUACCUGGUGUAAGCAUGUACUUGACUCAAAGGAGAGGACUGCAUGAUGGAAACCAUUAAGCAAGGAUAGAAUGAAGGCAGGAAAAAGGCAGCAACAGAGUGGAGAGAUCACAAGAUGGAGUCAGGAAGAUGUCUCCUGAACUCCUCCUUAGUGCUACCCAGGCAAAAUAGAAAGCCAUGGUUAACUCCUUUGAUGAGAUUUGUGAGUUGAAUAAAGGUUUGAUAAACUGAGGCAAGAGUAAACCUCAAAGCUCUUUCAGUCUUGUUGCUGGCUGGACUUGCCUGUGAGCAUACCUAGGGUACUGUAAUUAUGGCCACAUAAUAGCAAGAUAAUUGGAGCAGUGAGGAAAGUAUAUCUCUCCUCUUUUUCCAUCUUUAUCCCCUACUACUUUAGAUUAAGUAAAAUUAAUUUAGGGCCACUCUCAUAACUUUCCCUCUUACACAAAUAUCACAUGAAACCACAGGCAUUCACCCUGAGCUCUCACCUGGCUCAAAAUCAGACAAUACAUUCUAGUAUGUCAUAAGCUCUCCUAAGUUUAGUUCCAAAUGGGCAUAUGGUUUAGACCGAAAGUGUGAUCCCAUAAGAAAAUUAAGUGAGCAUAGAAUACUUUUAACUUUCAUAUCAAUUUACUGACAAGGGAAGAAUUUAUGACCAAAUAAAAAAUGGAUAUCAUUAUGAGGUUUAAAAUCGGUAAUUUUUGUUAUAUUAAAUUCAAAACUGUACAAACAAAACUAAAGUAACAAAGAUUGAAAAAAGUGGAAACAGUUAUCAUUUGCUUUGCAAUAAUAUGUGCAAUUAAAUACUUCAACAUUUAAAUGUUCUAGCCCUAUUCUCAAAUGCCUUAAUUCAUUAUUUCAUAGCAUCUGGCUCUAAAGAGGAGUUAAUUUAGGAAGGAAAUAAUGUUUACUCUAUAAAAGUAAUUUAUUAUUAGCAUUGUUUCCUAAAUGAGGUUUUCCCAAAAAUUCCUUUGAAGCAAAAAUCAAAAGCUAACAAAUGAUAUUGUAGAUUUCAAAUAUAAAAUAAAAUCAUUGACAUUCUAAU